GCAUCAGAUCAAGAAAUGCAAAAUAAUGCCGAUCCUAUAAUGGAUAUAAUUGCGACAGCUCCUAGUGAUUCAUUGUAUUUUAUUGAACGAAUAAAUCUCAUAUCAGCAAUAAUAAGUAUGAGUACAUCAUUUCCAUAUUUAACAUAUUUAAUUAUAUAUUGGAAUGAUUGUUCAUGUAAUGAUAUUUUAAGAUGGUGGAUUGUUAUUAACAGUAUUUUACAAUUAAUACAAGCUCCUGUAAGAUUUUUCUUAUAUUUUUUGUUGAGAAAAUAUAAAAGGGAAAAUGAAAGAAUGCAUAUUCACGCUCUAAGAAGAUUAACUAGUUCAAAGGGAUGGAAAUUAAGUAAAAGAUUUAGUUUAUUAAAUUAUUUGUGGUUUAUAACAGGAACAGUCGUAAUGGUUGUUACACGAAAAUAUACAAAAAAUUUUUAUCUUUGGUUUAUAUCAUGGACUAUUAUUUUGUCAUGCAUAUUUAGAGUAUUUUUCACGAUUAUUUGGUUUUGUUUUUUCUUUCCAUAUAACCAGAAUGUACCAAAAAAAAAAAAAGGAGUACCGAAACAAUUUUUUUCUGAAGUACAUUCUUUUAAAUAUUCCCCAGAUAUGAAUUUAAAAAAUGAAUCUUGUUCUAUUUGUUUGUCGGAAUUUGUUGAAAAAGAGGAUAUUAUUCAACUGAAUUGUUUACAUGAUUUCCAUACUAAAUGUGCAAAAAAAUGGUUAUCACAAAGAAGACAAUGCCCUUUGUGCCAAAGAGACGUUAUGAAGGGAAAUUGA